AUGCAGCCACUUAGUGAGACACAGGACACAACCCCACCUGCACCAAUCACCUUGGCAGCUCCCGCAUUCGAUGAGGAAAAGUUGCUUAUUUAUCGCGAAUUAUAUUAUGACGGAUUCAGUUCUAUCAUCGCUGCCCGAGACUUGACGACCGGAGCUGCAGUCGCAGUGAAAAAAGUGGAGUACCGCUUCUUCACACACGCACCAUUUCCGAUCCGGUGGUUGCAACGGCGAUAUUCAAGGAAAGUUCGUCAACAAACUGCAAGAAUUCGUACUUUAUCGCACAAUUCUCUGCUAAAACUGAUUGAAUUUGUGGUAGAACCGAAACGGAUUGUGGUUGUCACGGAAAUGUGCAUGUUUGGUGACCUAUUCAACUGGAUGCUACAACAACCCCAACUUCGAGUCCGUGAUUUAUGUUUAAUUAUUCAGUAUAUUUAUCAGGUUUUACGUUAUUUGCAUUCACAAAACUUUGUGCACGGAAACUUGACACCUACUCAUAUUUUGUUUCAAGCAAUGUCUCCACAAUCCGUCACAAUUAUGCCCGACCUAAGCAUCCGAAAGGAACUCGCCUACAUCACAGCUAAUCCACCCUUGGUAAUAGACAGUUGGGCACCGGAGUACAUCAGAAGUUUUGUUUCAAUGCGGGAAGAGCGCAAAACAUCGGGAAAAGGAUACGUGGAAAGCAACGAGGACCAGAUGGAGGAUGAGCUGAUGCAACCAACCAAAGCCAUGGACGUAUGGGGUGUGGGCUGUAUUGCUCACAUCGCUCUAACAGGGAAGCCGCCGUACCCGGUGGGUUCCUUGGAGGAAGUAUUGAGCAUAAUCGAUCAGACCGGAGGACAGUUGAAAAAUCCGAUGAUCAGUACAUUCAGCGACUCAGUACAGAAACAACUGCGUGACUCGUUGGCUCUUGCUCCAGAGGACCGGCCAAAUGCAGAGCAGUUUUCGGAACUCUAUUGGUUUGAUGAUGAUCAGACCCGAAGUGACAAGAGGAACAUACUGCUCACUAUCGAGUACGAUCUGAUGCACACGUGUCGUAGAUAUCGAACGCAAGGAAGACAAGUAUUUGAUAACGUCUUUGUUGGACAGACAGAUGAGGAUGAUGGUUCGUGA